ACCCCCUGCGUCUCUGUCUCUCUCCAACACCGCAGCGUCUGGGAGCUUCGCAUCUCGUCGGCGGGGGAUCUCGUUUCAUGGCAGUGGACUGCGUCAAGAUGGUGGACAACGAGCGGGCCAUCCAGGAAGCGGCCGCGGCCGGGCUCAAGAGCAUGCAGCAUCUCAUCUCCUUCCUCUCUUCUCCCCCAACCCAGCUCCAACCCGGAUCCCCACCACCACCACCACCUCCAGCAGCCCUCCGAUUCGGCCGCUCACCUCACCGACUUUACCGUCUCCAAGUUCAAGCAGGUCAUCUCCCUCUUGAACCGCACCGGCCACGCCCGCUUCCGCCGCGCCCCGCAGCCGCCCCUCCCUCUCGAUCUCGUCCUCGAAUCCAAGCCCGACCCCCCGAAGCCGGCGACCAAGCCCCUGAGCCAGGCCCACCCCUCGCUGUGCCAGUCCCAGUCGCUGUCGCUGUCGCCGUCCCAGGACUUCUUCAGCAUGUCUCAGCCCAUGUCGUCCGCCACCUCGUCCUUCCUCUCCACCAUCACCGGCGACGGCAGCGUCUCCAACGGCAAGCAGGGGCUGUCGCCCCCGACGAUGUCCGCCGGGAAGCCGCCUCUGGCGUCGACCCACAGGAAGAAGUGCGCGGAGGAGGCCCUCUCCGCCGGGAGAUGCCACUGUUCGAAGAAGAAGAAGCACAGAGUGAAGAGGGUCGUUAGAGUGGCGGCGGAGACAGCGGCGGACCAGUACACGUGGAGGAAGUACGGUCAAAAGCCCAUCAAAGGGUCGCCAUUCCCACGAGGGUACUAUAGGUGCAGUAGCGUGAGAGGAUGCCCGGCGAGGAAGCACGUGGAGAGAGCCCAGGACGAUCCGAGGCUGCUGGUCGUGACGUACGAGGGGGAGCACCGUCACUCCGUCUCCAACGCCAUCUCCUACGGCUCGAUGCCCGACGCUUGAGAAGUCGGAAAGGACGCACGAGAUCUGGUGUCCGAAAGGGGGGUCCUUUGCCGUGGGGGGGCGGUGGUCACGGGCAACUGCAGCGGCAGAGCAAGAAGACAAGAGAGACGGGGGCGAGAGAGUUCAACUUGCGCACGGAAUUCAACGCAAACUUCCACGAGGAAGACUUGGUGGAUAGGCAUCUCUUUUUUUGGUUGCUUCUGUAAAUUAUAGCUGAAGAACAAGAAAAAUUAGUGGAAAUGAAAGAUGCGAGUUCAUUUAGUCU